AAGCGCCGAAUACAACACAACGCCGGGACCCAAGAGAAAGUAGCAUGGUUGGUCUAUGACAGUGGCGGUACCUUGGAACAAAUAAGUCCUAUUAUAAAACCUGGCUUGUUUGAGACAGAUGUGCCAGGGAGCAUUAAAGUACACUAUUACAAAUUUGCUUAAUUUCAAGUUCUGGGACACAACGAAUAAUAGUUAGCCCCAAGCGAGACAGAGCCUGGCCUGUUCAACCACGGCCUCUUUUGGCUCUGAGAUCCGAGGAUACCGCUGUCAAAUCGGGAAGCUACAUUUGAUUUGGAGGUCAGCGUCCUCCAGGAAACAUCUUUGCAGACAUCAACACAUUUGCCCGUUGAGGAACAAUGGAGGCACCGCCAGUGACUGUUAUGCCAGUAACGGGCGGUGCGAUCAACAUGAUGGAAUACCUGCUACAAGGAAGCGUCCUGGACCAGGCUCUGGAUAGUCUGCUGCACAGGCUGCGUGGCUUGUGCGACAACAUCGAGCCUGACACGUUCGCCGAUCACGAGCUGGUGUACCUGCUGAAGGGCCAACAGGGCCAACCCUUCCUGUUGCGUGCCCGCCGCUCCCUCGCCCACCCGGCUGCCCCCUGGCACCUCCGCUACCUGGGCCAGCCCGAGGUGGGCGACAAGAGCCGGCACGCGCUGGUGCGCAACUGCGUGGACGUGGCGGCCUCGCACAGCCUGCCAGACUUCCUCAACGAGAUGGGCUUCCGCAUGGACCACGAGUUUGUGGCCAAGGGACAUGUGUUCCGCAAGGGCGCCAUGAAGGUGGUGGUGAGCAAACUGUCGCGGGUGCUCGUGCCGGGUAACACGGACAACACGGAGCAGCUCUCGCUGUCGUCGCUGGUGGAGCUCAGCGUGCUGGCGCCCGCCGGGCAGGACACGAUGUCCGAAGACAUGCGCUCCUUCGCCGAGCAGCUCAAGCCCUUGGUCCACCUGGAGAAGAUCGACCCCAAGAAGCACACGUGAGGGAGGGAGGGAGGGGGAGGGGCAGGAAUCGGGUCACCACCUGAAGUCAUGAUGGGGUUCUUACGGGUUUGAACUUGAGUUUGUUGGUCUUUGCUGACAGUCUUCAAUUUGCACAGGUUUACUGGUAGACUGAUGUUUCCAGGGGCAACAUGAGCUGCUCGUGGCGCAGGCUGCCUUCAUCAGCACUCACUCUCCUCCUUCCCCUCGUCCUGCAUUCAUUUUCUCUCUCUUUGAAUCCCUCUUUCAUUUGUUUUACUGUAAUUAUGUUUGGCCUAAAUUUAGACUACAUGAAUUUUUCUCACUUCCUUUCUCUCAUACUCACCCACACAGACAGACAGACGGCCUGUUUCCUCUGUCUUAACUGACUGUAAAAUCUUUUUUCUAAAAGCUUUUUACAUAAAAGGUUUGACGCAUGAUGAUGACGAUGAGUGAGACAAAUAAUUCUACAAACGUGAUGGACAAGCUGGCAUUUGUGUUGCCAUAAACAUCAUUAGGGUUUUAUUUUUGUCUCUUGUUACUACUACAACUAAUGCUUAUCGCUUCAAAUAUUCACUAGAUAUUAUGAGAGUAGUUUCAGAAGGUUUACACUGUCAAAAUAAAAUGUUUGUAGUAGGAGAUUUAAAAUUUGUAUUGCUUUCUGUUCUGUCAGUUUAAAGGAGUCCACAUUUUGAGCUCAACAGCCAAUGAAAUUCCACUCCUCCCUUCUGUGGUCCUGAAGCACCGUGUUGAUUGGCUGGAAUUGUUUAUGGCUAACUAUGUGUGUUUCAUAUUUACAGAGUGUUUUUGAGUGCACACACAACAACCGCUAGAGGGCUGUGGGGGACAGUUCACUCAAUGUUACAGAGUGUACUGGACUGGAAUUGCGUAAUGUACCCUGAAGAGCGGGGGAAUUCUUUUGAUUUCAUUACAUUAAUAUUUAUUUAGUAUUUACUUUUUUUUUUUCAAUUAAGCAACACAAUUUUCUUUUACAUUCUAUGAAUCAUCCACAUUUGCAUGUGUAAAGUAGUUUUAAAUGAAGUCAUUCACAUCUGUCCAAGGAUUAAAAAAGUACUACAGUGACA